AUCAAAACAUCAAACACCAUCUUGCUUCUAUCAAAACAACUGCUAGUGUCUUUUUUUAUAAUACGAAUAUCAUUAAAACCCCAUUAAUCACACCUCCCAAAACUUUAUCUGUAAGGCUCUUAAUCCUUCGCCAACCGACAAGACGACAGGCAAUAUCGCUAGUGCUGCACGAAAUUGAGAAACGGAAAAUCGGGCGUAGUAUUUGUAAUAACGUUUGGAAAUGAUAUAAAUUGAAUGAGGAGGAAUAUAUCGAGCUAUUACGUUUAAUUCGGUGUGACAGAUCUCUUCAAGGAUUUGUAGAAGAUAAACUUCGGUAUGGAUUACCAAAAACGAAUAUAAAUAUUUGACUAAUCAAUACAGAUACGACUACUUCCCAUCUACAAAACAACUUAUUCUCCGAAUGCCUACAAUAGUACACGGGUAUUUCAUAAAGAGGAUUGUAAAGGAGCUAGAAAAGCAACUCGAAUCCAUUGCUUCCAGAGGAAGUCGAUCUGCCGAAUUUGCCAAAGGAAUAACAUCAAAUCGCUCGACAACCCUCAAAUUAAAAGGCUAUGGUAGACAUGAUCCUGAUGAUCAAUUCGAACAUUUGCUAGCACAGUAUCCAGGUGUUGUAAUUGAUGUAUCAUUUUCACAAAAACGGAAAGAUUUAAACCGAUUAGCUGAAGCCUAUAUUCUUGGGUUCAAUGGUAAUAUUUGUAUUAUGAUUGGUAUCGAUCUAGAAUAUAGGGAAACUAAAAAGGUUACAUUGUCUAUGUGGCGGCCUCAAAUUAUAGCUAACGAAAAUGGUGAGAUGGAGCUCGUUGCUAUACAAACAAUAACAGAUGAAGUCAUCCGUUAUGGAAAUGGUACAUGGAAUGAAUCCCCGCAAGCAGGUUUACAUCUUCAACUGAAAGACUUUGCAAUACCAGCCCUAGUUUCAAAUUAUGAAUCUAUAAACGAAUCGAUGAAAAAUCCAUUAUUUAUAUCCGCUAAGUUUAUGUGCGAAUCUCUCGAGAUUGCUGGGGCAAAGAUAGCGAUGAUCGAGGCGAAGAGGGGAAUCGCCCAGCCUAAGGGGCUAUUUGUAAGAAAGCGAGUUCGAUCUCUUACACCGGAAAAGGAGCUUGAUGAAGAUCGCCGGAAAAAAAUUCGGAAAGAAGUACAAAAGGAAAAGGAGGGGAUGAUCCACAAUAUGAGCCUAGCUCUUCCUCUGAUACAGGAAACACCUUCAACUAAAAUCGGUGUAUUAGAAAUAAAGUACCCAAUAGCCGAAUAGUCAGGCCGUCCAAAACAACCCAAAGCGUUUUUAAUCCCAUCGUUCUUAUCGGCAUUAACAAACAGUGUCUUCCAUAUUUGGUUCCUCGCCCAUGACGUUACUCAAUAUCAUGGUACCGCAUCCAGCCUACAGAGGACGUCAAGGAACCACAUGCGACGCUCUUGAAGUAGCCGCUGAUACUGAUUGUGGGUUCCUCGAUGCCAAGCAACCGGCUCUUGCUUUAGGUGCUCUCGCUCAUAUCGGGUUCUCAUUAUGUAAGGCUAGAGGCAACAUGGGCGAUACAUAUCAUAUUAUCACGGAAUUGCCAUGCUCUAUGCAAUUUUCUACCGAAGAGUUGAGGGAGUUGGUGUGUGGAGGGAAUGUGAGAUAGUAAGAAAAUCAUCACAAGACAAUGGGUUAGAAGGAAGCAUAGUUGAUGCGGGUUUUGGAGCCAUCCGGGUUCAUCAGAGAGCGGUUCUCUUCUGCUGUCCUAACUCGUGAUUUGCAGAAUCAAGCGAUGGUAUUUAAGGAGAAAAGGCUAUGCCAUCCAGAGACUUGAUUUAUUCACUGCCUCG